AUGAUAAGUUUGUGUGUAGUUGUGCUGAUAAUAAUAUCGUGCUUUAUAAUUCAGGCAAUAUUACUUCGUUCGUUGGACACACUAGUAGAAUUAAGUCCCUCACUUAUAAUAAAUUUGGAAUAUCAACCUCGAAAGACCGGAGAAGUCGGGUUUUUAUUUAAAGAAAGUAUGUUUGAGAUAGAGAAUUUGGGUGCAUCAUUACAUAGGAGAUUUACAACAUAUCAGUUUUUUGGGCAUGGUCUUUCUGGGGUGUUUUUGUACGAUGUAAAUCAAAGACAAAAAAUAUGGUCUACGGGUGACGUAAGUCUGAGUUUAGACGUUAAGGAACAUGUGCUUGUACAUUCUAGUGAAAAACAUUUAAAAAUGACAGAUGUUCGAUCAAAUGAUACGAUGAAGAUUCCUCUGAAUGUUAAUAUCACUGAUCUGAGUUUUUCAGGUUCAGGAGACAUGCUUUUAGUAUGCACUGAUCAGUUCCCGUUGAUUGUUGAUCUAAGACAUAUUUGA